GGGAGAGAGAAGCGCCUUUGGAGCAAAGCAACUCAGCUCUGGCGUCUGUGUGUGUGUUCGCGAGAGAGGAAACCCUGAAUUUCUUCAACUGUUUCGCCCUUAAACUUGGUGGGGGACUGGGGGUAGGGGGAUCCGCUUUAGGAAAGACUUCCUGACCCUCGCAGGGCGCACCCCAGUCGGUUAUAUCGGACGACGAGCUUCCCCUGGAGAUUGUUAUUAUUGAUAGUACUGGCAAUUUGUUCAGGGGACACCACGUGUGCGGUGGCGCGGCGCCUCGGAGGUGGGCUUGCACACAGCACGGCGACAUCGUGCGAUCCGGAGUCACCCCCCCCCCCGGCUCCUUUCCAACAGCAGCAGCCACCCACUCCCGCCACCCAGCACCACCCAGCUUGCCUGGCGGCGCGCGGGCUGGGCUGCGAGGAGAGGGGAGGUGCUGGCUCAGGCUCCGUCUCUUCUCCCUCCUCUUCGAUCCCCUUUCCCUGCGGGAGCGAGCGCUUUGCAAGGACAACGAAGGCUCUCGAGUGCGGGGCGGACGAGGCGAAAACACCCGCCCCCCUUCCCUGCCCCGCGGUAAAGCCGGGCAGAAGCGCCCAGCAGCCAGCCAGCCAGCAGCCCCGGCCGCUCCAUCGCCCUUUCUCCGCCAGGAGGCAUGAGCACCUGCGACGCCAAGGAGUAUCUGGCCAAGAGGGAGAUCCCGCAGCUUUUCGAGAGUUUGCUGAAUGGAUUAAUGUGCUACAAACCCGAUGAUCCAGUCGAAUACCUGGAAGGUUGUUUACAAAAAGUGAAGGAGCUGGGAGGAGCAGAAAAAGUAAAAUGGGACACUUUUGUCAGUCCAGAAAAAAGGACACUACCUUCACUGAAUGGCAGCCAGUCAAGAAGAUCCUUUUUGAGGAAUGUGCUCCCAGACAAUCCCAACUUUCCUUACCGGCGGUAUGAGCGACUUCCUCCAAUCCACCAGUUUUCCAUAGAGAGUGACACGGAUCUCUCAGAAACAGCCGAACUUAUUGAAGAAUAUGAGGUAUUUGAUCCUGCAAGAUCUCGGCCUAAGAUCAUCCUUGUCAUAGGUGGCCCGGGAAGUGGAAAGGGAACCCAGAGUCUGAAAAUAGCUGAACGCUAUGGAUUUGAGUACAUAUCUGUUGGUGAAUUGUUAAGAAAGAAGAUCCACAACACAAGUAGUAAUCGAAAGUGGAGCCUGAUUGCCAAGAUAAUUACCACUGGAGAGUUAGCCCCACAGGAAACAACCAUCACUGAGAUAAAGCAGAGAUUAAUGCAGAUUCCUGAUGAAGAGGGUAUUGUUAUUGAUGGAUUUCCAAGAGAUGUUGCUCAGGCUCUUUCCUUUGAGGACCAAAUCUGCACCCCAGAUUUGGUGGUGUUUUUGUCCUGUUCAAAUCAGCGGCUGAAAGAGCGAUUAAUGAAGCGUGCCGAGCAGCAGGGGAGACCUGACGAUAACCUCAAAGCUACGCAGAGACGCCUAACGAAUUUCAAGCAGAACACAGUUCCAUUGGUCAAAUAUUUCCAGGAAAGGGGGCUGAUCAUGACUUUUGAUGCUGAGAGAGAUGAGGAAGAAGUAUUCAAAGACAUAAGCAUGGCAGUUGACAACAAAUUGUUUCCUCCUAAAGAACCUGUUGAAGGUCCAGGUGAAGUUGACCUUAAUCUCACUGUGGACCUUGGAGAUAUUGCUGAUAAUGAAUUUGACUUUGAAGACCAGGCAUUUGACCAGUCAUGCCUUUCUGGACCUGAGAAUAUGGGAGGUUUUACGGAAGACCUGAAGAAAUCAAAAAUAAUUUUUGUAAUAGGAGGCCCAGGCUCUGGUAAAGGAACCCAGUGCGAGAAAUUAGCACAGAAGUAUGGAUUUUUGCAUCUGUCGACGGAUGGUCUCAUCCAACGUGAAAUGUCAUCAUUAUCAGAAAGGAGCAGGAUCAUCAGAGAUAACCUGGAAAGCAGCAAACUUGUACCAGAGGAUAUUGUUACGGAUCUCCUAAAAGAAGUUAUACUCGCCAAUAUGGGAGGCACAAAUGGGUUCCUGAUUGAUGGUUAUCCUCAGGAGAUGAAGCAAGGAGAAGAGUUUGAGAGCCAGAUUGGCGAACCAUCUCUGAUGCUCUGUAUGGACUGCUCUUCUAAGACAAUGAGCAGCCGCCUUCUGAAAAGAAGCCAGAACAGCCAGUGCUCGGAUGGCAGUGAAGAAGUCAUCAUGAAGAGCAUCCAAAAUUACUACCAAGCAGUGGAGCCUGUGAUCACCUAUUAUGAAAACAAAAUUCCAUUGUUUAAGAUAAAUGCAGAAGGGACACCAGAAGAGGUUUUCCUUGAAGCAUGUGCUUCUGUUGAUGCUUUUCUGAAAAAGGAAGGAACGGCACCAUCUCUUUCCGUGUAAUUGCAACGCUUUCUAUCUCGUAUGCACAGUCAGUGGUCAUCAAAAAUGCUGUCUAAAGCCACAGCUGCUGCCUUGAAAGAUUAGUGCAUAUUGUAAACUUUGUUUAAAAAAAAAUCAAAUCUGUAUAACCCAUACAGUAUAGUAACAUUCAAGUACUGUAUGUUGUCUAUCAUACAGUUUGCACUUUGCAGGUUAAAAAGCAGCAUGGUAAACAACAACUCUAAUUCCUAGAAAUCAUGUCUUGCCUUUCACUAUUACCUGGUAUACUAUACAGCAUCCGAAUUUCCAGUUAACUGACAGUCGGCAGAACUGACAGAAAUGUUUUGUCUCUGUAAACGAACAGCUCAAUUCUGAGACUAUUUAAGCUUGCUUUUUUUCUUAUAA